CGUUUUCUUGCCUUCUCUCGAAAUGGCCGUUAUAGCAACUAUCAUCGGCAUACUGGCGCUAACAGCAGCAGCGCAUUAUUAUUAUACGACUUAUAAUAAUGAACAGCCGCAAGAAGAAUAUAAUAAUCCGCCAGAAGAUCACUGGUACGUUCCACACUAUUAUCACAAUGAAGAAAAUUCAAUAGACAUUUUCCCGGGCCCAUCUAAUGCCCAAGAUACAACAAUAAAAACAGCUCCAAAUGGUCUUUUAAGUGAUCAUACGUUGGCGUAUGAAAUUAAAUCCUCGACUUCCCAAGAUGAAACAACUCCAUAUUCUAUGGGCAACACCCAAUCCACGUCGACGGAGCGUGGCAAUGAGAUAGAAAUACUACAAAUACAACGUAAAUUCCAACACUAAACCAGACCAAACAGAUGAGUUUGUGGAAGUGAAUCCCGUUGGAGUACCUGAUCCCAUAAUGGGAAAAGAUAAAGAAAAAGCUAGAGAGUCUCUAACGACUGAAUACUCAGAUCCAAGCGAAACAUCAACAAAAUACGCCAUCGGGCCUCACGUUGUUGAUACGAAGAAUAAAUACUACAAUUACAAGGUUAAUUCCGAGAAUAAACUUGAUACAGAAGUGGAGUUUGUGGAUGUGAAUCACGCUGGGGCAAGUGACCCCAUAAUGGAAAAAGAUAAGGGAAACCCCAGUGAGACACGUUCCACUGAAUACUCAAUACCUAGCAAAGGAUCAACAGUUCUAGGGCACGUCUUCACAAUAGUCAUCAUGGCCAUGGCUGUUCUGCUAUAGAGAAGAAAAUUCAGCUGUGUGCUGGGGCCCGAUAAAGAAGCAAUCCUUUUAAUGACUAUUAUGGCACUUGAAAACAAAUAACAUCUCACUGGAUGUCAGAUCGGGUCUGAACAGUUUUUUUGUGAUUGUUUCAAUUUCCAAACUGUAAAAUUUUAAUUUAUUUUCUUACUAUGUUCUAUUAAUUUGUUCUGUGAAUUUUUAUGUGAUAUUAGAGUGAUAUAAAAGCAGCUGUUGUGUCUUGAGUUUGUUACAGCAAAAAAUUACUUUUAAUUGCUGUAUUUUAACUCACAUCUGUUGUUUAUUAGUGUUGUAUUUAAACAUUUUCACUGAUUAAUUUCUGUAAUAUAUUUUUAUUUCAAUAGUUAUAGUAAAUUAAUAAUGGUACUUCAAAUAUUAAAUUGUUAAAUGUUUAAUUAAUGCUCACUGUAUGUUACAAUAAAAAUAUGAAUAUUAAUAAAGCAGAAAAAUUAAAAUGAGUUCUAG